GCUAACCUAAAAAUAGCUAAAUUCUAGUUGUAAUACAUUACCUCCCUGACAAUCGACAAAUGUCAUUCCUGACAAAAAAAAAACGGUUAAAAAAAACGGUUGAGGUCAAAGGUUACCUAACAUUAAACAGCCGACACUGUGGAACCCUGAUGUGUCAGCAUUUCAUACACACGAUGUAGGUUUACAAGUUUACAACUUUGGACCCACAUUUCGACACACUACACAUCAAUCAGCUAACAUUAACGUGUGUUAAGAGCUCUGAUUGUAGAAAGAGCCAACGCCAUCCCCUUGUACACUUCCUGCUAGACAUGGAAAUGAACGACCACAGCCACGAGUACCUGUUAAGCGAACUGAAAGCGUUAUCCAAGGCAGUGACGAACAAUGAAGAGCUUAACUUCAGCAGCAACAAGAGCGUGUUUGACGCGGACGGCCAAGAACUCAAACUGCUAGCCCUGGACGACAAACUGCUGCCGUGUUUUGGUGAAGGCAACAUACGAAAGGUCAAGGACAUCAAGCUUAGAGACGAUGACGUCAUCCUGCUUGGUUAUCCUAAAACAGGCUGUCAUUGGAUCUGGGAGGUGCUGAAUAUGAUGCUGAGGAAAACACCAGUCAUGUCCAAGUUAGGCAAAGAAGCGGUUUUUCUAGAGUUCGCAUCUUUAGAGAAUAUUGAGAACACACCCAGUCCUCGUGCCUUGAAUUCUCACCUCUGGUUUGACUAUCUGCCUCAACAACUAUUAGAGAAGAAAACCAAACUGAUUCUAACAUUCAGAAACCCUAAAGACACGGCCGUAUCCUUUUACAACCACACAGUUUCCUUUGGCAUGGUGCUGGGUUACCAAGGGACCUUCAAGUCGUGGUUUCCAUUGUUUGAAGAUGGUUUAGUCGACUACGGAUCCUACUACGACUAUUACUUAGAGUGGGAUCAUGUGAUCAAAUCCAACCCAGACCUACAGGUGCUACUGGUGUCUUACGAAGAGAUGAAAGAGGACCUGACCAAAGUGAUGAAAAAGAUGUCCAAAUUUCUCGACCUUGACCUUGAUGACCAGCUCGCGCAGGACAUUGUCAAGGCCACAAGAUUUGAUGCUAUGAAAGAAACGUACACAAACAAUGGCACUUUCUCCCGAUCUCUCCUUCGCAAAGGGCAAGUGGGCGACUGGAAAAACUGGCUAACUGUGGCGCAAAGCGAGGCUGUGGACGAGAAGAUGAAAAAGUUGGACGGGACAAGUUUUUCUCAAGAAAAUCAGAGAUACACUUUAUAAAUUACGAAACGAUUUUAUAAA